AAAAAAAAGAAGAAGCAAAGAAAAAAAAAAAAAAAAAAACUAACCGUACCUCGGCCAGUCCCCGGUGUGCUGGCGGACCGGGGGUCCCCGUCAGCCACUUACAUCCACGGACGACUUCCCCAGCCUCGGAGGAGGACGAGGAAGGGAGGGAUGGAGGGGAGGACAGCGUUACCCGCCAACGGGCGUCGGUUCAAGUCCCACUGGCGAUCUAUCCAUUCAUCAUCCAUCCAUCCUAUCCAUUUUCACAUCAUGAUGGGUCUGCUUUUGGGAGGGUUAUCCUCUGCAGAGGGUUUUUUUUUAUGCCUCAUGUUUCUCCUCCAUUGUAGCGAGACUAUUAGCGAGCGCUACCAUAUUCCUCUUCAAAGUUUUCUCCUACAGAUUGUUCAUUUCGCUAGGCUCAAUCCUUUCCCACAAAUCUUCCCCUGCCCGGCAUCGUUUCCCCCCUCUUCCCGACUCAGGAUCUGGAUGAGGGUAGAUGACGAGACCGGGACCCCGAGAGGAAAACGGCUUCGUGGUAGACGUGCCCCCCACCGCCAAACAAAAGGUGUCGGAAGGCCCAUCCGAUUGCGCCGUCGGCAUCGGAUCCGCCGUCAUCCACAAACAUUACGCGUGGGGAAUCAGAAAGAAACAACAAGAAGAAAAUCACUCAGCAACUCCCCCUACCGGCACGGUCUUCCCAAUACGCACAGCCGCAGCUCUUCGGUGUUCUAACAUGAUGAUAUCCAUCCCCAUCCCUCCCCAUCCUAUCCCAUCCCUCUCCCGCGAUCUGUUAUCCACACCCUCCCGCCGUCAGCGCUCUCUUGGCAUCGCCAUCGUGCCCAAGGCACAUGUAACCUCCGGACGCAUCUUGCAUAUCUGCGCUAGUCCCCCCACGUUUUCUAACAAAAGUCCAGACUCGUCCAUUCCCCCCUCCCUCUUUCGCCUCUCUCUCGCCGAUCCCCGAAGCGCGCGAGUCUAGUCUAGUCGUGGGACCUCUCUCUCACUCCUUCCAUACACACACACACACACACUCGUCCACAUCGGAAGUUGACCGAAGCCGCGAACCGACUUGGAAUGCCGCCCAACCCGGAGAAGACGGUGUGUGUGUGUGUGUGUGUGUGUGUGUGUGUGUGUGUGUAAUAUCACAUACGCCCGCAGAACCUCACGGUGCCCCUUCCGCGGAC